AUCCCGAGCCCUGACGUAAGUUGCAAAUUUUUUUCCGCGCCACCGCUGAAACUCGCCUCAUAAGUGCCUACCGUACGUACGUACGUACCGGUACCGUACUUGAGACUGAGUACCGGGCAAAGGUACCGGGCAAGGUACCGGGUAUACGGUACGCGUCUGAGCAUUCUUGACACUUGAGCCGGCGGAGGUGACUGAAAUUGUGAAAACAACGCAAUUGCAACUAUGUGUAGGCCUAUAUCAUGAGAGAAACUGAGGCACAAACAAGCAACUCCCAUCAGUAUUUCACCAGUUUGGAGAUCACUUCAAGAAAAAUAUGGGAAAAGAUGAUCCUAUCGCCUUAGAAAACAGAACAGUGUCUGUUACAAAUAGAGAUGGAUCUAAGAUGAAUCACCCGGCCUUGGAUGAAUAUUGGUUAGAGCAAGUGAACUUUGUGAAAUACAAGCCACCUCCAGACCCUCACGAUGGAGCUGGUUUAGAGGAAUGGGAAGAGAGAUUACACUUUAUGGAAGAAGAUCUACAAUGGCUCCUUAAACUACCCCAUCAUCAAUUUUGGAGUCAGGUUAUUAAUGAUGUCAGCCUUCAACAGAGUUUGGAGUCUUAUCUUCAAGAUGCUCCCAGAUCUCAUGACCCAAGUAAAGCUAAGAUCCCCACAACCCUUGCCAGUCUUCAUAAUUCAGUGCAUAGAUUGGUCUUCAUGGCCUUCCUGCGAAUGUCCACACACAAAGAAACUAAGGAUCAUUUCAUCACCCCUCAUGUCUUUGGAGACCUCAUCUAUAACCACUUUGUUUUUGACAUUGCUAAACUCAUGGACCUUUGUAUCAUCUAUGGAGGGGGUAAUAGCGCCCUCUUGAGUAAGAUGCUUGAAAACAUCUUCAGCCAUCAGCCACAGUACCAGAAUGAUCUAGAGGUUGUAGUGGAUACCACUUUGACGGUGUUGUCCAAGAUUCUUGAGAAAUGUGGUUUCCAUGGCAGCAAUGUCCCUCAACUCAUAGCAGAAGCUGGAAGACAACCAAUCAGCAACCAAGAUUUGUAUGAUGUCAUCAUGUACAUGGCUGACUCCGCACAGACUCUGCUAGCCUUCCUUCAAGUAUACCCGGCUGUGUGUCAGGUGUUCUAUCGAAAAAAGGCUAUUCAAAGGAUUGCUUCUUUCUAUGAAAUUCUCAUGCCUGAACUAUUGGACUUCAUACACGAAAGAGACUGGGAGGAUGAGAGUGUGAAAGACACCUUGAAGAAGCAUCUUGUGAUAGCACAGUCAGGUCUCGUUCACACCUGUGUUUUAAUUCUGAACACCUGCUGUGUUCAACCUAUUCUUUCAAAGAGUGGAAGUGAUGAAGUUUGCAGUCACAUAGAGAGCUACAUUGAAAUGUUGACAUCUCUACUGACUGAUAAACUGUUCUUAGCAGCAAUCUGUGAUCAUUCUAACAUACAGGAUGAUAUUGAUAUCAUGCUUCAGACCUCUCAUCAACUAGAUGAGACUAGGACACAAUUUAUUGUAGAUGGUAUGAAAGAGGCCUUAGCUCUGUAUGGAUGUAAGAAGACUGAGGAUACAUCUGAAGAUGUUACUCCUAAAGGAAACCAAAGCUUGGAUGUCAUAGUAGCAGCACCAGAGGAUUACCAGACAGAUUCUUAUCUUGAAGACAAGGUUUUUUCUGCCUGUGCUACUCCAGCUGCAAAGACUGGUGUUGAACUCGACUCAUUGAUAAGCGGUGUGAGAGAUCUAUUACCAGACCUAGGAGAAGGGUUCAUAAUGGCAUGUCUUGAAGAGUAUAACUAUGACAGCGCUAGAGUCAUCAAUGAUAUCUUAGAAGAUAAACUGCUAGAAUCACUUAAGUGUUUGGAUAGGAAUAUGAAGAGGACAAAGCCUAAAGCUGCUCCUGCUGAAGACCUACUAUCACAGAGAGCUAACGUGUUUGAUAACGAUGAGUUUGAUGUCUUCUCUAAAGACAAGGUUGAUAUGUCAAAGAUCCAGAAAGGAAAGAGGAAAGAAGAUAGUGCUGAUUCUAUCCUGUCUGAUAAAUCCACUAUCCAAGAACUCAAGAAAUCAUAUGAGCAAUACUAUGAGGUCAGCUAUGAAUAUGAUGAUGAGUAUGAUGACACAUAUGAUACCAUCAAUGUUGGUGCGGAUGAUGCUGAUUCUGCUGAUGAGCUACAGACUAGAAGACCGUUUACAAUGCCAAGAGUUCUAGCUGCUGCUCAGACACGAUCCUCUGAAGAAGAAGAGAAUGAAGAGGAGAGAGAUGGAGAGAGAUUCAAAGAGAGCAGACCAUUGGAACAAUUGAGAGCAGGGUCAGAACACAGUCAGCCAGAACUCAAAGGACAACCAUCAAGAGGGGGAAGGGGAAGAGGGGGGCGAGGUAGGGGUGGAGGAGGGAGGGGUAGAGGAGGGGGAAGGACAGAUCAAGAGCUAAAGACAAGACAAAAGAAUGAAAGGCACAAAGGACAGAGAGCUAAUCAUAACAGAAAAGCAAUGGCCGAUAAGAAGCGAUCAAAAGGAAUGGGUCCAUUGCCUAAUUAAUGCUACUUUAUUGAUGCAAUACACUGUCUUGAAUGAGAAGGUGUAUAGAUCUGUAUGCAAUCAACACAUUGCCAGUGAUGAUUCCUAGAUAUCCAUAAAAGCAGGAGUAGUGAAUAGCACGAUUUUGAUGGUACAAUUCUGGUGAAAGAAAUAUGCUGUAUUCAAUGAGGGAAGUUGAAUAGUGUCUCUCUUUCACCAACUGCGAAAUCUUAUACCAUUGAACAAAUAGGAAUAUUUGUUAUUUGUGUUGUACAUCACCAGAGGUUAGUGAAAAAUAUGAAUGGGAAGAAAAGUCCAUUUUUUUUCCUACGCUCAUCCAAAAUGAGCAAAAUGAAAAUGAAGAAAGAAAUCAUGGAAAGCAAAAUCACAUAGCAGCCUUUUCAAGUAUGUAUCAUACUGUAACUGUAUCAGCAGUUUGCAUUUACCCAGUCUGCUACGCGUAUUGCAUCUGCAUUUCGAUUGUGACAUCACCUAACCAUGCAAUGGUAUACAAAGGAUGACUCCACCUCAUUCCCGAGGUGCUAUUUAGACCAACCCUUCUAUUACCCCGAGACCUUGCCUGAGGAGUGAUAGAAGGCACCAAGGGAGUGAUGAUUUCUACUGUCAUCCAAAUACAGACCAGUCCAUAGUUAUAGUGUUCUCCCUGUCCGUCCGUCCUUCCCCCCACUUGGUUUCCGCGCAGUAACUUGACAAAUAUUUAAUGGAUUCUAAAAAUUUGGGUGUGUAGGUAGAUGUCACCAAAAUACAGGCUAAGUUCGAAUUCGGAGUCCGCAGGUCAAAGGUCACAGCUCAUAAUAUAUAUGCGAGUUGGUUUCUGCACGAUAACUUUGGAAAUAUUCACCAGAAUCAAUCCCAGUUCAAGACACUGCUGCAAGUAGCUGUAUUGAAAAAAUUGAUGAGACAGCAAGACCGCAUUUCCAUAUGACACAAUGAAGUGAGGGAUUAUCCACAUCAAAUGACCUGACUGUCAUAUCUUCUGCCAGAGAUUAUUAUGGAAAGGGUGAGUCUUUAGGUCAAAGGUCUAAAUUUGUUCAUUAUAUAUAUGCAUAUUGGUUUCUGCACAAUAUUAAGUUCAAUCAUAUUGAAUGACUUUCUGAUCGCAUUAAGCGGGGGGGGGGGGGGGGGGGCAUCUGUGUCCUUUGGACACGUCAAAUUUCUAGUUUUAUAAGUCUAAUCUAACUUGAUUUGCUAAAUCACUUUGUAAUUUAAACGAGCUGCACUGAUGCUGCCUCGGCAACUGAUACAUCCACUUGGCCAGUGCGCCGUUAGCUACGUGAAUAUAACCGAGCAGCAAUACGCAACCACGAGCCAGCUAGUUGCGCCCGUAGCAACACAACUUGUUGAAAUAAAAAAAUUUCCUAAUUAACUAAAUACAAGCCCAAAACUGCUAAUUUUUUUAAUCAGACUCUUAGUAGGAUUCUGAUCAACAGAACUUAAAAAUUAAUCGGUUUCUCAAUUUUUUUUUCUUUCGUAUUUUUGUCUCGCCUGCAUAGCAGAGACAAUAGUUGCCGCUUUUCCGACGGCGGCGUCAACAUCAAAUGUUAACCUAAGGUUAAGUUUUUGAAAUGUCAUCAUAAAUUAGAAAGUAUAUGGACCUAGUUCAAGAAACUUGGACAUAAGGGUAAUCAAGUAUUACUUAACAUCUUGCCUGAGUUUCAGGUCACAUGACCAAGGUCAAAGGUCAUUUAGGGUCAAUGAACUUUGGGCAUGUUAGGGGUAUUUGUUGAAUUUCCAUUGUAACUUUGAAAGUUUAUGGAUCUAAUUUGUAAACAAAUUUUCGGCAUAACUCCUAUGUGUUUAAGAUGGCAUGCUCGAUUUGUAAUGAAAAUCAUAAGUCAGAAAAAAUUUGAACCAGUGGGAUUUGAACCUGCCAUGUACUGCUUCCCGGUCAGUGACUCAACCACCAGGCUAUUCUGGUUCACGGCUAAAUCACGAACUGGAAUACAAAUACCCUCGAUCCGCUUUCUGACUCACUAAAGACAAUAGAUGGUAAAUAAAUAAAGAGGCUUUAAUAGGAGAAAGCCUCUUUAUCUACUGCUUGCCGGGCAGCGACUCAACCACCAGGCUCAUAUUGGGAGUAUUUGUUGAAUUUGCAUCAUAACUUAGAAAGUUUAUGGAUAUAGUUCAUGAAACAUAGACAUAAGAGUAAUCAAGUAUAAAUGAUUGUUUUGCACACAUCUUAGAUCACAUGAUCAUGGUCAAAGGUCAUUUUGGGUCAAUGGACAUAUUUUAUUAUCAUAUGAAUGUUUUCUUUUGUUAAUAAUUAUGCAAUAGCUGUUUUCAAAGUCAUCACUGCUGCUAUAUUGAAUCGCGUAAUGCAGGCGAGACAGCCAGAGGCGUUCAACUUGUUUUUUUUUUAAUUAUGUAUUUCUUUGUUUUUCAACUUUUUUUUUUUUCAAGGACAUUGUUGCACACAUAAUUUUGAUCAUUUACAAGAUUAAUCUGUUAAAGUAGAAAUAAUCAUACAUUUGCGAAUUUUGGCUAAAAACACAAUUUGCAUUAUUUGGAUUUGUACAUAAAUUCACGUUAUUGAGCAAUUUUGGGUAUGACAUGCACUUACAUAAUGUUGGGUAAGUUAGUAACCGCAUACCCGAAAGUAAAAAAUUGUUAGCAAGUAGCGUGGUAAAAAAAAAUUUGCAUGGCAGAUAUAUUGUAAAAAAAGGCCAAGGGGGCGGAUCCCCCCCCCCCUCGAGCCUUUUAAGGUUACAUGCAUUGUGAAGUCACAUUCUAGAAGCAAAGCCAAUUCCCCCCCCCCCCCCCCGUUUUCCUGCUCUGUAUUAUGGUCAAUUUCUAAUCUCUUAGGGGUGCUUCAUAUCGUAGUGUUUAGAUAGCUAAUACUAGUACACUUUUGUGUAAAUCAAAUUUAACCUGCCGGCUAACGUAAUAGGUUUGCCAGGCCUGGUUCUUGUUAUACUUAAUCUCUAAUAAAGACAUGAUGUUCUACUAAAAUCUUCUU